UAAAUCACACUAAAGUUGCGACGAUGAUGCGCGUUUUAAUUAUUUCCGUUGUCUUCGGUGUCUGUUGCGCGCUGGUGGAGAAAAGUGAAUACGCGACGUCGACCGAACAUCCGAAGAGACUUUCCAAUUCGGAAGAUCGACUCUUGGCAAACAUCAUCCGCGCUAAAAACUCGUCUGAGGAGCUGGUUCUCGAUAGCAUCGAUGAGGAGGAAACGAAGAAAUCGGAUAAGAAACCGAGAACCGUCCUACAUCGCGAUUCGAGUGUCGAAAGAGGUUCUAGUUGCUGCGGCACUAAAUAUGGUUCGAACGGACUAGCACGACCGGAUUAUGAUUACAAUAAAAUUCCUCUGGAAAGCGGACGGUAUCCCUCCCAAUACAGCGAACGACACCCUAUUGACAGAUACGGAUGGCAAACCCAAGGUCGACUCCCAGGUUCUUCCAUCGGAAGCGGCGGUAGACCCGGCGGAGGAAGCGGAAGCGGAGUCUACGCAGGAAGUCAGUUGGGAGACAGGUAUCCACCGCGUCCAGUGUACGCAAGUGAAACUGCUAACAGACCCAGCGCUGUGGGAUAUGGCUUGGGGAACGGUGGAGGAUAUGGUUAUGGUGCUAGUGGCUACGGAGGCUAUGGCAGGCCGACUGGACAUGGAGGUUCGUCCGGCAGCUAUGGGGUUUCGGGAACAUUGGCCGACGGCGACGAAUUCAGUCCUGGCGAGCCGGCUUAUCCGGAUGGAGGCGUGUCACAGCAACCGGGAAAUCUCCAGGCACAAAAGGCCAUAGCGUUAAAAGCUCUAGCGGGUGUCGCGUUGAUCGGAGCGGCAGCGGCGUUAGCUUCAAACCCGGUACUCCUGCCAAUCGGCAUCGUGAGUGGAAGGAAGAAAAGGUCGGAGACUUUCUCGGAGGAGGAACAAACAGAGUUCCGAAUGGACUACAUCCUGUACAUGUUGAGGGAAAAUUUAGCUAAGAUACGAAAAGAUGGCUCGAGCGACAGAUUGAUCGUUUCUCCGAGAUGCGUCGCCAGAUUGACCUGCGAGAUCCAAAAGGAUUACCUGUCCGACCUCGGGAAGGACGUCGAGAUCCUGAGUACAAAUCGGAAAUAUCAUCUUACCAAUUUAAUACGAAACAACGUACUUAACACCAAUUCUGUGAGCGCAGACGUGAAGAAUUUGAUCAAGCUGGCGGUCGGCGUAGCGUCGGAAAAUGAAAAUUGCGAUAUAUUUACUUGUAAUUAUGUGAGAAAAGGUUGAUUAAGACUUUUCUAUAAUCACACGAUUGUCCUCACUCAUCCACCCGUCCAAUAAGAAUAUGCAUACACACACACACACACACACACACACAC